AUGCGUCCCACGACGGCUCUCGUCGCCGGCGUCCUCGCCUCGCGCGCGUCCGCCGAGAACUAUCUCGGCUUCAACUCUGGCGCCACCCUCGCCGAUCGCUCUGCCAAGUUCAAAGCCGACUUUGAAGCCGAGUUCAAGACGGCGCAGGGCCUCGAGAACGCCCCAGGCACUUUCAACGCCGUGCGCCUCUACACCAACAUCCAGGCCUACUCCCAAGAUGACCCCAUCCAGGCUUUCGAGGCUGCUAUCGACACAAACACGAAGCUGCUGCUCGGUAUCUGGACAUCGGGCACCGACAACAUCGACAAGGAGCUCAGCGCGCUAAAAAAGGCCGUGGAGCAGUACGGCAGCAAGUUCACCGACCUCGUUAUCGGCAUGUCGAUUGGCAGCGAGGAUCUUUACCGCGUCUCCGAGACGGGCAUCAUCAACAAGGCCGGUGUCGGUGCCGGUCCCGAUGUGAUCGUCAACUUCAUAAACCAAUACAAGAAGGCCUUUGAGGGGUCGGCCCUGGCGAGCGUCCCCAUUGGGCACGUCGACACGUGGGAUGCGUGGACUAACAGUUCCAACAAGGCCGUGGUCGACGCGGUCGAUUGGAUCGGCGUGGACGAAUACCCCUACUAUGAGAACGGAAAGGGCAACGACAUCAAGAACUCGGGCAGCCUGUUCGACCGCGCCUUCAACGCCGUCAAGGGCGUUGCCGGCAGCAAGCCCAUCUGGGUCACCGAGACGGGCUGGCCCGCCACGGGCCCCAACUGGGAUCAGGCUGUCGCCAGCGUCGAAAACGCCAAGUACUACUGGGACGAGGUUGGCUGCCGCCAACUCUUUAACAAGGUACCCACCUUCUGGUACAACCUGCGCGACUCGAACCCGGACAACGAGAUGAAGUUUGCCAUCACCGAGAAGCUCUCGACGAAGCCGCUCUUCGACCUGACCUGCCCGACCACCUUUGACACCCCCACCGCUACUGCCACCUCCAGCGCGGCCUCGGCCACCGGAACUGGCGUCUCUGCCCCUGGCAGUGGUUCUGCCAAUAGCGGUAGCGGUAGCUCCACUCAGUCUGGCAGCGGCACCAGCAGCGGUACCAGCAGUGGCAGCAGUAGCAGCGGCAGCGGUACCCAGUCGUCGUCGAGCCCGAGCCCGAGCACUGCGGGCGCGUACAUAGGCAAGAGUCUCUCGGCGGCGGCCGUCGGCAGCCUGGCCCUCGUUGCCGGCGUCUUUGCUCUGUUUUAA